AUACUAGGUUCCAGUCUUCUCACAUCAUCGAUUUAGUGGCAUCGACAGAUAUAGACUAUCGGGGCAAAAAGUAAAAAGGCAGAUGAAUCAUCGAAUGUCCGACCAACGUAUCCCGCGCCCGAACGGGGUAACAUUAUUGAGGCACGGAGGCAAAGCCGGCGAAUGAUGACCUCUGCCUUCUGGAUAGAUACCGACAGAGCACAGCACAGGCGUGAAAGGAGACUUUCGAUGCUUCAAUACUUGUGCUUUUCUCGGGACGUAUAUGAUCAUGUAACAACUCGUCGUCCAGGAAUGGGCUGGAGCAUAAGUGGAACAUCUUUGAGUCAAUACCCGCGAAUAGAUUCAGCAUUGUGUAUGAAUCACUCCGGCUGAAGGCCACAAUCGCACACAUCCAGCCACAGUGUUACAGGUCGCCCACGAUGCGGUGGUCGAUUAUAUCAACGCUCCUCUUCGUAGGCGCGGUCGCACGAGCAGAUAGCGACCGUUCGGCCCUCUACACCAUUCUCGAACGCAUGAACAUUGUCACGGCGGAUAUGAUCGCAGCAAAUGACUCCAUUAACAACCUUCAAGCAAACUCCGCCUUCACUGUCGCCCAAGUCCUCCAUAUCGGCUCGCUUCAACGCCGAAUCAACCGCGACACGAACGCGACCAUCGCCAAGAUUCUCGCGUCGCCGACCUUGUCGCGUGAGGACUCGGAGAAGCUCGUGUUCGAGUCCGAAUUCCAUGACUAUCUCAUCAGGUCGCUCCUGGAUAACAUCGUGCACCACAAACCGGCAUUCGAAACGGCCGUCCUGUACGUGGGCGAUCUGAGCCGCACCAUGCAGAGCGGGCUGAGGGAAGGUCGGGGUCAGGUUGAUAAGUUUGCCCGUGCCGCUCAGAAAAUCGUCGUCGAUGAAAUGGUUAUUCCGGAGGAUCAACUUCUCGGCGCUUGGGAUGUUGCCAUUGCGGCGUUCGAGACUUGUGGUGGGACAAUUUGUCUUUCUGAUGUUAGUAAAUAUCGAAAAUGGGUCGGCAUCUGAGAUGGCGUCAUUAAGGUAGUGAUCGAGCCAUUUGAAGCAAGACUCGUAUGCCGAUGAAGAUCCGUUCAAUUUUUACAAAUGAGCUUGCGAUGUUCAA